CUGGUGUCAGUACUCUUCGUGGACGAGAUCAGCUUCAUCUCCUCGUUCAUGCUCGAUCGCCUCGAUCAGCACCUCCGCCUGGCCAGAGACAUGCCGCGCGUCCCUUUCGGCGGUGCGCACGUGAUCUUCUCCGGGGACCUUUAUCAAUUACCGCCGCCGGGUGGAUUGCCGAUCUUUGCCAGCGCACUAUGGCUGAUGUUUCAACUUUGCGAGCUGGAAGGAAAUCAGCGUGCCGCGAAGGACCCGGAAUGGGCACAGCUUUUGGCACGUAUUCGUGUGGGCAAGUGGACCGUGGAGGACAUCUUCCAGCUGCAGGACAUGGUUCUCAAGAAAGCCAAGAAAAAGGACAACAAGCAGCCCGCUCCAAAGGCCGUGUACCUCUAUCCCACGCGCAGAGCCGUGGCAGAGCAGAACAGCGUCUACCUCGAGGAGCACAUCAGCAGAACCGGCGUCAGGCUCUACCGAAGCCCUGCCCUGGACACCAGCGUCAAGACCGGCGCGCCCUUGUCACCCGAAGUCGACACCGGCGAGAUUGAUAGGAUAUGGGUCUCCUUCGAGAGGAAUGCUGGCGCCAAAUGGCGCGCAGAGAACGAGACCACCUUCGUCGCCAUCACGCGGCGGUCAGCCACCUAUCUGGACAUGGCGGCCACCUUACAUGAGGGCGUCCACGCCCGACUGGAUGCCACCUGCAAGGAGGAGGGCCAGGCCUACGUGGCGCUGAGCCGCUGCCCACAGCAAGCUCUCUGUACGCUGGAAUACUUCACCCCGAAGUCUUUGCGGUUCAACUCCACCGCAGAGUGGGCGCUGACCAAGCUGAAGGCCCAGCAGGCCGACCGGGACGGCUCGCAGCUGUGGAAGCAGCUCUUCGAACCGCCAGAGAGCAAGGAGUUCUAUGAGGCCCGGCUUGCCGAGAUGGGCACUCCAAAUUGGACAGACGGCGUAGAGUGCAGCAGAACGCCUGGUGCAGAGCAGAACGGAGCUGCAGGCGCACAGCCGGAGCCACCCUUCUUCGAACGACAAGAAGCAGCGCGGUGUGGAAUCCAUGCCCUCAACAAUGUUCUUGGCUUCCACUGCGUAGGGGUAGAGGACAUGACGCAUGCAGCGGAAACCUUCUUGUUUGAGAACCCCGACCUGGGCGACAACGUGCAGGAUCACCUGGCGCCUGAAGGGGACUACUCCAUCGAGGUCAUGAGCAUGGUCCUCCGCACGAAGGCGAUGGCGGAAUUCGGACAGCUGCGAUGGCAGAUGGAUAUCCAGCGUGUGAUGACCUCGCAAGACCUGCGUGGCUGCAUUGGUGCAGUGCAGAACCUGAACAAUCG